AUGAGUAACCAAGCUGAGUCUGGCACCAACGCCGGCAACCUCACAAACGUCGCGAUUUCCUUUAAGGACUGCACACCAGAGAUAUGUCCUUACGAUCUAUCUUUUUAUGCGUACCGUAUCGAUCUAGCACCAAACGCAGUUUUCCUAGCACUGUUCGCCCUCUCCCUCAUCGGCUUCCUUACCGUCUUCGCCAUUACGCGGCGUGGCGGUAACUUUACUAUUGCUAUGGCCCUUGGCCUCAUCUCCGAGAUCAUAGGUUACGCUGGCCGGAUCAUGAGCUGGCAGAACCAGUGGUCUGAAAACGGGUUCUUGAUACAGAUUUGCUGUCUAACCAUAGCUCCAGCCUUCCUCGCUGCCGGCAUCUACCUGUGUAUCCGGAAGAUUGUGUUCGCCUUCGGACCCGAGAACUCGCGAAUCCCGCCUAAAUACUACACUCGCAUCUUCAUCCCCUGCGACAUCGUCUCCCUAAUCCUUCAAGCCGCUGGCGGUGGUCUCGCCUCCUCCGCUUUCCACACGGGACACUCCACAGAUACCGGCGACAACAUAAUGAUCGCCGGUCUCGCCUUCCAAGUCUUUACGCUCUUAGUAUUCAUGCUUCUAUCCACCGAUUUCCUAAUCAACACUUUGCGUCGGCGCCGAACCCUCGGCUCGGCAGCACUAGACCAGGACCCAGAGCUAAUCGCGAUGCGCAACUCCUGGAUGUUUAAGGCCUUCCCGCCCGCGCUAGCGCUAAGCACCAUCUGUAUCUUCUGGCGUAGCGUGUUCCGUGUUGCGGAGCUAAGUAACGGAUGGUCGGGAUCAUUGAUGGGCCGUCAGGACUUAUUCAUCGGCUUUGAGGGUGUGAUGAUCACUGUCGCUGUCUUAGUUCUGAAUGUCUUCCAUCCGAGCCUGUGCUUCGGCGAGAUUAUGGAUCGGAAGUUUGAGGCUGGCGAUAAUGGUACCCGUAAAGAGAUCCGCCAGAGCGAGUUUGAGAUGCUACCCGAAACUAAGCCCAGUACUGCGACUAGUGUUACUGAUGCUCCUGGGAGUAGUUUGAAUACGAAUGAUAUUGAGCGUGGAGCUUGA